ACAUCAUCUAAUGGGAAAUCGUCGACUUUUCAUCGCUCUUUUCUGUUGUUUUUGCUUACAACAUAUCAUCGAAGCGUACCACCAACAAGUGUUCGUAGAUCAAUCGGGUCAUUCAAAUUUCACGAAAAUACAAAAGGCUAUUGAUUCGGUCCCAGUCAACAACCGCCAUUGGUUCUUCAUCAACGUUGCAGCCGGCCUUUACAGGGAGAAAAUAAAGAUACCCUAUGAUAAACCGUUCAUAGUAAUAGUUGGAGCUGGAAAGAGGAACACUAGAGUUGAAUGGGACGAUCAUGACUCGGUUGCACAAAGCCCUACCUUUGCUACUGUCGCCGAUAACACCGUCAUUAAAAGCCUGACAUUCGUGAAUACGUACAAUUUCCCGAAUAAAGGGAAAGUGAACAGAAACCCUAGGAUCCCUGCCGUGGCGGCGUUGAUCAACGGUGAUAAAUGUGCUUUUUACUCGGUAGGGUUUUCUGGAGUUCAAGACACCUUGUGGGAUGCUGAUGGCCGACACUUCUUCCACCGCUGCACUAUCCAAGGCGCCGUUGAUUUCAUAUUUGGUAACGGCCAAUCUAUUUACAAGAAAUGCGUGAUAAACGUGCUAGGAGCGACGCUAAAACCGGGGGUAGCUGGUUACAUAACGGCUCAAGGACGGAUCAACCCGUAUGACGCUAGCGGAUUUGUGUUCACGGACAGCCUCGUUUACGGAUCGGGGAAGGCUUUCUUGGGCAGACCGUGGCGCAGUUACGCUCGAGUGAUCUUUUACAACACAGACCUGACCGACGUGGUUGUUCCCCAAGGUUGGGACUCAUGGCACUUUAGGGGCCAUGUAUCUCAGCUGACGUUUGCAGAGAUUGGAUGCUAUGGGAGUGGAUCAAAUACGGGGAGACGUGUGAGCUGGGUUAAGAAGCUGAGUGGAUUCAGUGUUCAAAGUUUGAUUAAUCUCGACUUCAUUAACAGUGGUGGAUGGGUUCAAGCUUUGCCCAUUCCUGUUUGA